CAGCCGAGGAGGAUGACUGGUAAAACCCAAACCAGCAACGUGACCAACAAGAAUGACCCACGCUCCCUCAACUCCAGAGUCUUCAUCGGAAACCUCAACACGGCCAUCGUCAAGAAGAGUGACAUCGAGGUCAUAUUCGCCAAGUACGGCAAGAUCGUGGGCUGCUCCGUGCACAAGGGCUACGCUUUCGUCCAGUACAUGAACGAGAGGAACGCAAGAGCGGCGGUGGCGGGCGAGAACGCGAGGAUAAUCGCCGGGCAACCUCUUGACAUAAACAUGGCGGGGGAGCCCAAGCCGUACAGGCCCAAAGCAGGAACCAAGCGGCCGCUCUCAGCUGUGUACAGUGGAUACGAGUUUGACUACGAGUACUACAGGGAUGACUUCUACAGCAGGCUGUUUGACUACCACGGCAGAGUGGCCCCUCCCCCUCGGGCGGUCAUCCCUCUGAAGCGCUCCCGGGUUCUGGCUCCAUCGUCCCGUCGCGGAAAGACCUCGUUCCCCCUCAAGACCUCCUCCUCUUCCUCCUCCUCUUCAUCCAGACCCCCCACAUCGUCCUCAUCUGGCCUCAAACCAGUGAAGUCGGACCAGCUGCAGACCAUCAAACGUGAGCUGACUCAGAUCAAGACCAGGAUCGACUCUCUGUUGGGACGCCUGGAGAGGAUCGAAAAGCAGCAGCGCGCAGACAGCACCGAAGCUCAGAGGAAGUACGAGGACAACUGCGACUCCCUGCACGAGGAGUCCGUGUCCGAGGCGGCCGACAACUCCGGGGACGAGGGAGGGGAGGUGGUCCUGGGGACGGAGGCCGGAGAGAUGAGCGACGGAGGGGUGGAUGACUACGACGAAGAGGGCUCCCACCAUCUGAUAGAGAACCACGUAUCGGACAUUGACAACUGAAAUCAGGGCAAUGGAGAAAGCGUUGAGAGUGGAUCGAUCUAAGUCAUCAUCACCUUAAAGAAACAGAAGAGGAAGAGGAAAAGGAGGGACUGAAAAACGUACUAUAAAAUUUCUAAAUAACACAGAGCCCAGUCGUACAGAGCAAACCCACCUGACCCAUCCGGACAGUUGAAAAUUGGACUUCCAUUUGAAUGCUUUGUUGGCCUAAGGUUAACUUUUAUUUUCUGUACGCUAUUAGAACUAAUCAUGUUUCUGCAAAAAGCACAAAGAGAGCACUUGAUGUAAUGACCGUGAAUCAACAGCAGGUUUUUAAAAUGUUCUCCACUCUUUUAAUUUAUUUACAGCAAACGUGGACGUGGCUGCAGUCAGGUUCACAAAGGGAUCAUGUUUUUUCCGUUGUUUUUUGUGAAUUUCUUAGAAUGUUUGAAUAGGGCACAGAAGUGAAGGUUAUGAAGGUAAAUUGAAAUAGUUAUAAAGUAAUAGUUAUAAAAUCUUCAAAAAAUCCCCAAACUCAACCUGUACCAUUAGUAUUAAAUAUGCAUUAGGUAACUUUUCUGGUGGUGAGUUUGCCUCUUUCUUGUUUCCAUGGAGAUGUUAUUGCUUAGAAAGUUAGAAAGUUUCACUCUACAGCGUCAACCUUCACUGAGACAAGCAGGUAACACCAACAGGCCAAGGUACAGGGCAGAUCUGUGGUUUGGAUACCUCACUUACAGUAAAAAAAAAAAAAAAGAAUUAAAGCAACUGUGAUCAAAUACAUGCAUGAUAGAAAAGUAAAUGCCAAACUGUGGAACAUUCUGGGUUAAGCCAUAGCAUCUCCAUUGUGAUAAGCAGACCCACCAUCAGAAAAAGUUACAUAAUGCACCUUUAAGACAACACAACAGCACCAAAACAAAAACAAACAAACAAACAAAAAAAACAUGAUGGUAGAAAAUGAAAAUGAAUUCAACUUUGUGAGUUAAAGGGAUCACAAAAUAUAAAAUAUUGGUUUCACUAAUACUGUAGGAGAAAUUUAUUUUAUAAAAUCAGAAAGGCCUUAAAAGGCAAGUUAUAGUAUAGUAAUAACAACAGAACAGAGAACAACAGGCCUGUUAACGUCACAUGAACAGUUCUUCAGAUAACAUCACAUCAUAAACAACAGAAGAGAACAAGUUUACCAAACUCUCCAUCUCACUCCAAAUCACUAAAUCCAUUGAAUUCUUCAUCCUCUGUGUCACUUCCAAGCAACUCCAUGACCUUCGGAAGUAAACACAGCGCCGCUUCCUCUUCUGUGUAGCUGUCGUCAGACUCAGCAUCAGUUCCAGUUAGAAUUAUUCCGGCCUUUCUAAAUCUCAACAAGAUUGUUUCGGUUGUCACUGAAGUCACUUAAAUUUUUAAUGUUCUGUGGUACAGAAGUAAUGGUGGAGUAAUGGUUAACGUGAUCCAAGGCAGGACAGAGGCUCUUUCUGCAGGAGACAUGCGCAGCGUAGAGCGAAGUGACAGUUGUACAGGAGUAAACAGAGUAGCAGAUACUGACACACAAGUGUAGAGCCUCUCGCGGCUGUCAGUGUGAAAAUUUUAAUAUAUAAGUUGCACUGGAGUAUAAGUUACAGGA